UCAUGCUGCUGCCAGGUCCAGAGUCUCUCAUGGGUCCCUGUACGGCCUCCCAUUGCUGCUGUCUCCAUCGCCACACUCUGCCAUGUGCCACUUUCAGGUCUCCUCACACUGCUGGUGUGUAGAAUUUUUUGACAUAGGGUGCUGGCAGAUUACGGGCCUCCCAUAGCUGCUGCCAGGCCCCUAAUCUGCCAUGGGCCCCUAUAUACCGCCUCCUCAUGCUGCUGCCAAGUCCAGAGUCUCUCAUGGGUCCCUGUACGGCCUCCCAUUGCUGCUGUCUCCAUCGCCACACUCUGCCAUGUGCCACUUUCAGGUCUCCUCACACUGCUGGUGUGUUGAAUUUUUUGAC